CGCACGAGAGACAGAGAGCUGGAAUUGCAGAGGCAGAGACUCACGGGCGCACGGUCGAUGUUCGCCUCCCGCAUACCGUGGAGUCCCGUGCUUGUCACCAAAACCGAAGCACAGGGCUCGAGCGCGAGAUUGAUGUGAGCGAGAGGAGCGGUUUUUCCAUUGAGACGGUGGCGCGAGACAGCAGGAAGAGACGUUUACAUUGGUGUGGGAGGAGGUCUGUCUCCCUCCGCCGUGGGGAGCCCAGAUGAAGAGGACAUGCUGACGGCUGCAGCGGCUCCGUGACCCGGGAGAGGAUCGGAGCAGCGUCACCGAAUGCCGCGCGAGCCAGCGUUGACACUGCAACAGCUCGAGCAUCCAGCGCGAGCCCCCAGACUCACUCUCUCCCCCUUGGGCCAUUGAAUCUUCUCUCCUGUUGUUAGAACUACUUCUUCAUCUACCAAGCAGUUCCCUGAUUUUGAUUCAGCAGAAAACCGUCCUGUUAUUCCUCUUUCGUUACCCACAAUACUGUUCACUGAAUGAGUAGCUUGUCAGAUCACCUACAUUCAGGCCAGACUGGGGCUCCAGUGGGCUGUGGUGAGACUCAAGCAGAGGAAAAAGCGUGUGUGGGGGGGCUGGAGGGGCUGGCUGGGCCUGAGCUCUGGACCAGGGAUCUUGGGCUCCAGGAGGGGUCCCAGGAUCCCUCUAAUGAUGGACUGGCAUCGGUGACCUUAGACCACUUUCCCUCCUCUCCUUCCGCCCUGGCCAACGGCCUCCACCUGCAGGGAAGGCUGGGGCACAGCAGCUGCCGGCGCAAACAGACUGCCACUCACACUGAGACACGUAUGUUUGCAGAGACACUUAGAAACAUGCAAACGCACAAGGACCCGGCUUUGCGUGAAAAGGGUAUUUCGCACGCAGGCAUGGAUAAUUGUGGGCACAUCGAUAUCAAUCCACAUAUGGGUUCUGUAGGUCCAAAACUCUCUGGAACUCUUACACCUGAGGCCAUACGCACAACUUCACCUCAACCCCUGUCUGUGGCACUUGGCAAUCAUCCUGCUUCGGCCAAUCAGCGGACAGCCCCAGUCCUCACUGCAGAGACUGACAAUCCCUCCACUUUCUGUCCAGUCCCUGUUGGCCCCACCCCAAACACAGGGUCCUCUCCUCUUCCUGUGGAGGCAGAGAAGAAGUAUGCACUCCGCAGCUCCGGACGUCCACGCUUCCCUUGUCACCUGCGCAAAUCCUCCCGCCUCCGCCGAGGCAUGGAGGAAGGGGAGAAAAGAGCAGGGAGGGAGAGGGGAGGAGAGGAGGAGGAUGAAGUAUUACAGAAGAUCUGGAGGGUUAAAGAAGAAGAGGUAGCUGUUGGAGAGAAAGAAGUACAUUCUUCUGUGGAGGCUGUUCUCCCCACAGCCCCCCCUCCUACCGACAUCCCUCUUGCUCUAACUGUACCCAAACCUGCUCCUAAAGCUGUACCCAAACCUGGGCCCAGACUUGGGCAUAAACCUGGACCUAAAUCCAGGUCUAGACCCGCACCAAAAGUCCAGAAAGCAGCUCCUAAAAGUGUGAAACAGCGCCAGGCAGCCAUGGCUCAACGUGCAGCCGCUCAUCUCCCAUUUACGAACACAUCCACCAUCGCUGCACCUUCACCAACCGUGAAGCAGGAACCUCUCGCCGAUUCAGGCUCCAAUAACCGAAGACGUGGGCGUUUUGUAGGUGUGAGAAAGAUUGUUGUCAAGGUGGCUCGUAUUCCCGUUAGUCUCAGCCGCCGACAGAAGAGCUACAAGAUUUCCAAUAUGGAGACAGUUACAGGGACAGAAAAGAGCAACGACUGCAGCGGCGACGGCUCAGAGGUGGCUCGAGAACCGACCCAAGUUCUCCGAAUGAAGAACAAUGGAAAGAGCGUUAUGGUGAUGUUUCCUCCUGGAGAGAUGCCUGUUAUUCUCAAGCGAAGGCGGGGGCGACCCCCUAAACAGCCUCCGCCAGGAAUACCGGCAGAGCUUCUCAACACCUCGAAUGCUGGUGGUAUAGGAGACCCACCCAAGAAGCCCCAGAGGCGGCGGCGGACUAAACUCCCUUCCCCUUACCCUUCCUAUGUUAAUGAUACUAAUGAUGUGAAAACAGAGUAUGGGGAUGUCCUGUCCAAACUGGCCUUUUUGAACUGCCAGCCCCCUGCCACUGGCCGCUGCUCUCCCCCACGCUGCUGGACACCCAGUGAGCCAGAAAGCUUUCAUACCCCUCUGGAAAACCCUGGAAUAUCCACCCUGCUCCACCGGCUCACCGGCUUUAGACGCCCCCGAGGUGGCAGAGGAGGGGGCGCUGGGAGAGGGGGAGGAGGAGCAGGGGGGAUUGGGGGGAUUGAGCGCAACAAGAGCACCUUCAGUGACUUUUUUGAAUCAAUUGGCAAGAAGCAGAAACUGAGCCCCCUGUCUGAGCAUGGAUUACCCAGGAAAAGGGGAAAGGGUGGGGGUGGUAGGGGAGGGGGUGUCGUAGGAAGUGAUCCUGGGGCGGAGAAAACAGUUAAGAAGAGACGUGUGAGAAAAAAUGGUGCAUUAAGAGGGGAGGGAAUGUCCAUGGGGCAGGAGUGGCCCAAUGGAGCAGGUGGAUGGGGGGAAGGGGGUAUGGACAAGGAGAAAGCUCUUGGUGGGUAUCAGUUCUGUGGAUCUCCAAGAAGAGGCUUUUCCUCCUGUGAGGUUGGAAGGGGAGGGUCCUACAGCAGCCCGGGAGGGGGCAGGGGGAUGGGGCCUGCUGGGGAGGACUCACAGAGCCUGUUUGCCGGAUAUUUCCGGUCCCUCCUCGACUCAGACGAUUCGUCAGACCUGCUGGACAUCGCCUCCUCGCAGUCAGACCCCCGAAAAGCUUCAUCCACCCCUGGUUACGAGCCAUCCAGUCCAGCUACCUGCCACAGCUGGUCCCCUGCAUUCCCCAAGUGGAGCUCCAAGGGGGCAAAUGCUGGGGUGGAGGGUUCAUUGCAAACACAUGGCUCCUCAGCAAGGCCUCCUUACAGCUAUGGCAACCUGGCCCAAACCUCCCCAACCACUUCUACCUAUCCCAAAUCCACUCCUCCAUCUCUCUCACACUCACCUAGCUCACCCCAUCCUUCCUCUUUUGGUCACUACUCCUCUGGCUACUCCUCCUCUUCUCCAGCGGUGCCACAGAGACCCUCAGACUGCAGCUUUGCGUAUGGAUCUGGCAAGGCUGUCGGUCAAAUGGGUUACUCUAACUACCAGGCAGCAGCCAAGCGAGGUUAUGGUGGAUAUCCUGCAGCAGGUCACUCCUCCAUGGUGCGGGGGGAGUCAACAGGACCCACAUCACCAGGAGGAGGGUACAUGUCUGUGGCCAAAAGCAGCCUCUUCAGCUCCUCUUCAUCCCCAGAGGGUUACAAACAGUACAACUCCAGUCAGUGGAGCUACAGACAAGGUUAUGGUGGCUGGUCAACAGACAGCUUUGGGCCUCAGUAUCACGGCUACAGUGAAUAUGGCUCCAAUGAGUCCAAAGACAUCUUGGAUAUCUCAAACUACACACCCCAGAAGGCCAAGCGACAACCUUUUCCGGAAAUUCUCUCAGAAUCCUCGUCCGACUCGUCACACCUUGGCUCUGCGGCCACUGGUAGUGGACCCAGCUCCACCUGUGGCACAUACAAACUGAACGAGGCUCCAUCUGUCAGCGGAGAGGGGGGUCAAUCAAGUCUGUCCAGCCUGGAGAAGCUGAUGAUGGAUUGGCAUGAGAGUGCUUCAGGGCCCUCGUAUAACUGGAGCCAGAACGUCCUUUUCCAGGGCGGGGGAACCACGGCCAAACCUGGUCGCGGUCGAAGGAAACGGACUGAACCACUUUUGGAAAAAGAUGGAGGGUCUGGUUUACACUCCGACUCCCCGUCCAGCCCCUCUCCGACGCCUACUCCUGGACCUAAACGGGGAGUUGGAGGACGGGGGAGAGGGUCCAGAGGAGGCAGGGGGGGUUUGUCUCCAUGUCAGAGAGAGCGGAGGGCCAAAGGCAGAGGCAAGGCUGCUGCCUCAACAUCUGGAGCAGUUUCCGCUGGAGGUCCAGAGGGUCUGUUCCAGGAGGGACUGGAUUAUUACAGUGGAGACAGUAGCAGCCUCUCUCCCCUGGCCACCCCAAAUCCUGCACCCCCUUCCAGCUACCUCCAGGACCCCUGUGAGUACCCCUCCCCUUACCCCUCCACACCCUCCUCUGAGGAGCGAUAUCCAGCCUUAUACCCUGGAGAGUCCUCUUCUUCCCUCUCACCCAGUGUCUCAUCUCCGUCUUAUCCUCCCAAGCCAACACCUCCUCCCCCCCAGACUUACCACCCCAUCCCCUCCAGGACAUUCUCUCCCUCCUGCUCUCCCUCACCCCGUGUAACUCCCCUCUGCGCCACUUCACUGAGUCCCUCUCAGCGCCCCGCUCCGAAAGACCCACAGUUCUCGCAGUACGACUCACCCAGCUACUGCAGCUCCCCCUACUGGUACGGACAGACGUCGCACAGCGGCAGCCCCAGCCCGCACUCCCACAGCACACUCUCAAACACAGCCGUGCACACACACAACACACACUCAAACACAGCCACGCACACACACAGCAACCCGCACACAAGCCCCCAUGGAAGUACACACGGUAAUACGCUCGCUAGCUCCAAUGCAAACACACAAAUGAAUCCCCAUGACACACACCUGAACAACACACAGCCACACGCAAACUUACACACCAACACCACCUCCCUCCUCCAACCCCACACUAACAACCACCCCCACCCAAACUCUCACCUCUCCUCCCAUACUCACUCCAACCCAAGCACCAGCCUCCGCCAGGGCCCCCUGCCUCACUCCCUGUACCCCAAACUCGCCCUGGACUCCUCGCCCCAUCAGGAGGACACUGGGGGCUUCUCUUUGUCCCACCAAUCCUACCCGGGCAUGGGACACCGCUACCCCUCCCAAGCAGCUCACGGGGGGGGAGUGCUGUGCCAGCUCCUGGACACAGCCAACGAUGACAGCUUCAGCGUCACCAGCCUGUAACAGCAGGUGCAUUCAAAUCAAGCUUUUACAGAUUUGCAAAUGUUUUUUUCUUCUUUUUUUGUUAAGGAGACUUUUUUUGUUAAAGAAUGUGAAAUGAAGGGCGAGAAUUUAGCUGCCAGCUUUGGACAGUAAAGCUUUAAUUCUCCAGCAUUGACAAUCAAGAUCAACUGCAAUUUAAACACGCAUGCACAACACACACACACACACACACACACACACAGAAAAGCAUGUGCAGAUUAAUUCACUACCUAUACAUGGACACAUACAAUCCUACAUGUGUACACUCACUCACACUCUAUGCUGGAGUGAGGGAAUGGCCAAGAGGAGCUGACAGAUGAAAACCAGAUGCUGAUGGACAGAGACAAACCUUUUUCCUCACCCCUUCAAGCCCGGUUGUGAUACAUAGACAACUCUAUUUCCCAUAAGUCUGUAUCCCUUCUCAAAUCUUUCUGGUCCUGUUCUGUACAUCUGCAACACAAUCACACUUUUCUCUCCCUUCUUUUUCUGUCCUCUCUCAACCUCCUGUCCUUGGCUAAACCAGCAACUGUUCUGCACUACACUGACCUUGCAUUUCUGUCUUGUGCCCUCGCCUGAAUCGCAUCUGAGCCCAAAUCAACUUUUUAAAUACCAUGAGCCUAGCAAAUGUCCUGCUCUGUGCACUCCAUGUGUUGUGUCCCAUAAGAGAAAACUGGACUAAAGCAGUCUCUGCUCUUGAAAUACCAGCAUCUGUACAUAUGACUCCAGCUCCAAGCCAGAGGCCCCGUGAUCGCUCAGAGGGUCCGUCAUCAACAUGCCCUCCCCAGCGUUCUGCCAUGGUUUCUCUGCUCUGGGGAGGGGGAGAGACUGCAGCAUGGAGACCCGACAUCCUGUGUUUUGCUGUUUUAACUACAAGGGAAAGAGACAUCGAAAUCACACAACGGCCCCAAAGAGACUUGUUUUUCUGUGUGCAAACGUGAGACAGAGGAGGGCGUGUUUUUUGCGUGAAUGCAGUGAUGCAUGUAUUUGUGUGUAUGUGUGCAUUUAUGUUUGUGUGAGCGUGUGUGUGUGUGGCUGUGGGGUCAAAAGGAGUGAAGCUCUCCAGACACCAAAAGUCUUGGCGGGGUCUCAUUCUUUCUUUCACUCUCUCCCUUCUUUUUUCUGUGGUCUUGUGUUGUUUGGUGGUUUUUGUGAUGAAAAAAAUUGUAUAUCUGUCUGUUACAUAUCAUGUAUGUAUCUGAGGUGCAAAAUAUUUAAAUACACAUUCUGUUCUUGCCA